UAAUUGAAGUUCCGAGUAAUAUAAUUCAUACAAACUGAAAAAAUGAAUUUUUCAUAUUGAAGCUCUAAUUUUUAUAAAAAUUGUCUCUACUUACAUGUUAUAAGGUAAAAUUUUAACUUGAUUGAUGAUUUAGGCAAGAAAUUAAUGAAAGGAAGCUGCCCCAAGCUUUUGGCUUCCCUAAGAAGUCUAAAAAGAUUCAAAGACAAAGCAGCCAAGCUAAUGGAUGCCGGGAACAUGUUGGCUUCUGCCAAAAGCGAUGAUAAAAAUCUUACCAAUGCAGUGUGCCAAAAGAAGGAAAAUGGCCGGAUUAAAGAAGUCAUUGUUAAUGGGGUCAGCUUAUCAGAAGUCUCUGAGGGCCAGGGGAAGGUUUUGUUUCCAUCAAGCAACAAAGUCUUCUACAAUCCAGUGCAAGAGUUCAACAGAGAUAUGAGUAUCACCAUCCUGAGAUUAUUUGCAUCACAAUACAUGUUAGAAAGAAGAAAUUCACACAAGAAGAACAAGUUUGAAACCAAGUUUACCACUUCAAGCAAUGAAAAUUCAGAAGACAAAUUACAUGACUUGAAACCAAAUGCAAUACCUGGCUCUGUUCUGGGUUCUUGCAAUGUUGCUCAACCCAAGAAUGUGUCCGAUUUGACUGAUUGUUCCAAUUCAAAUUUGAAUGACAAAUCUACUCAAGAAGAAGUUGGUAUAAACUGUACAACAUUUGAAAGUAGUAAUAAUAGUCAAGGCAUUGAAGAGCCGGGAAAUCUGAGUGGGGUACCAGAACUUGGAGUUGUUAAUGCAAAUGGACUACGAAUUUUAGAGGCUCUGGCUGCUUCUGGUCUGCGAUCCAUCAGAUAUGCAAAGGAAGUCCCUGGCAUCAAAGAAAUCAUUGCCAAUGAUUUGUCAAAGCAGGCCGUGGAGUGCAUGAGAAAAAAUAUUGAAUACAACCACGUGGAGCAUCUCGUCUCACCCAGUCAAUGCGAUGCUAGUCUUCUACUCUACAUUAACCGAGGUCAUGGCUCCGGCGAGCAGUUUGACGUCAUUGACUUGGACCCGUACGGCUCCCCUCACUUGUUUUUAGACGGAGCUGUGCAGGCUGUGUCAGAGGGCGGGCUACUGCUGGUGACGUGCACAGACAUGGCUGUGCUGUGCGGCAACUCACCUGACACUUGCUAUUCCAAGUACGGCUCUACGUCACUCAAGAUUCGUUCGUGCCAUGAAAUUGCAUUGCGCAUUGCCCUGCAGUCUCUGGAGUCGCACGCCAACCGCUACGGCCGUUAUAUUGAGCCGCUAGUGAGCAUGAGCGCCGACUUCUACAUCCGCAUGGCGGUCAGAGUGCGGACCAGCGCUCUCAAAGUAAAGGAAUCCUAUACGAAGGUUGGUAUGAUGUACCGAUGUGUGGGAUGUGACACGAUCACCACGACCCCCAUGGGACACAUCGUCGUGGACGGCAGGAGCGUCAAGCACAAGCUAUCUCGCGUCCCACCCUUCAUACAUGCGUGUCAACACUGCAACAGCAAGCAUGAGAUGGCAGGUCCGGUGUGGUUGGGCGCUCUGCACAACCACGACUUCCUAGACGCGAUGCUUGCUCAGCUGGAGGAAGGCAGCGGCACUUUCUUCACCAAACCUCUGGGCACGGAGCGCCGCGUCAUGGGCAUGUUGCAGAUGAUGAAAGAGGAGCUGCCAGACGUUCCCUUCUACUACGUACACGACAAGCUCUGUCAGGUGGUCGGGACGAUGCCUGGUAAACUACAGCGUUUCAAAUCAGCUCUUCUAAACGCAGGUUACAGAGUGUCGUCAUCGCACUGCCACAAGACGAGCAUCAAAACAGACGCCCCGGCGGAGGUUGUGUGGGACGUGGUGAGGGCUCAUGAGCGCACCGAGCCCGCGCACCGCAUGCGGGCCAACGCCGACGCUCCGGGACACUUCCUGCUCAACAGGCCCUCCACCACCGAGGUUGAUUUCCGUGCACAUCCCGACGCCAAUCCCGAGUCUCAGCAGAAGUCGCUGCUGCGUUUCCAGCUGAACCCUGAGAAGUUCUGGGGCCCUGCGACGCGUGACGCCACUAAGGUGCUGGGGGAGGACCAGCAGACCAAGAAGCUGCGCAACCAGGGCCGCAACGCCCGCAAGCGCAAGGUCCCUGACGGCGGUCAUGACGGAGGAACAGAGAACACGGAGGCUUGACUUUUUUAAGAGUCUUGAGAGAGAAAACAUAUGCUUGACUUGUUCACGGAUGCUUGACUUGACUUGACUGAUGUGUGUAGAUUCUUAUUUCAACCUCGAUAGUUAUUCAUUUGUCGCUUGCUGACGUCCGGUUUUAUUGAGAUCAGUUUUGGAACAACCAAUAAAUUGACGGUCUUGCGUCUCAAGUUUGGCGCACAAGUCUGGGGCGCACAAACUUCAGGUUUGAGGCGCAGAAACUUCAAGUUUGAGGCGCAGAAACUUCAAGUUUGAGGUGCAGAAACUUCAAGUUUGAGGCGCAGAAACUUCAAGUUCGAGGCGCAGAAACUUCAAGUUUAAGGCGCGCAAUCUGCUUGCGAAUAUUGUUUAACGCGCGACUUGUUGUAAGGCAGGUCCUGUGUUGAUAUUCUCUUCCCGAGUUUCUGUUGCGUUGAGUUUUGUUGUUGAACGACAAAUGAAAGCAAUUGAAAUAUUUCAAUAAAAAUAAGCGCUUGUAUUAGCUAAAAUUAUCCUAAGUUGGACUGUUAAUGAGGCUUAAGUUUUAGAAUAAAUGUUAAUGCAAGGAUGA